UAAAUCAGAAGGUUAUGGGCUACAGUAGGUUGUCAUGCUUUCGAUUUGAUAAUCUGCACAGUUACCGUAAAUUCAAAAUAGAUUUCAAAAUUAAAAUUGCUGAAAUACGACAUUAUUCCCUCAUGGGUAUGAAUUGCCACUUGAUCUGAAGGUGUGGGCAGCCAACUCCCGGGAGGGGGUACCGUACCUUGUUGAGAACUUUAUACGGGUUUUUAUCAUAUUCCUGCCCCGAAGGUACGAUUCAUCUCGAAUUCAGGGACGAGAAACUGUGACACAACAUUCCAGGUAAGAAUAAAUCGCAUUUACUAAACGGAUCUAGAGGAGAAUACCAAAAUACCACACAAUGAACGUCCAAAAUACUUUUGGGUAACAAAGUGAUCUUUUGGGACUGAAGACAACUUCAGACAUUCAGUGUUUUAGUGUUCGGGUUUGAGCUUUUUAGUUUACAAUCGCAUUUAGUGUUUAUUAGAAAUGCAUGGUAACAUUCGCCGCAUGGAAACCACAAUACCAUAUUUCCUUUAUGUUAAUUACUCGAAAUCCGAUAAUACUCUUAAUAUGUGUCAAGAAACGUAAAUGUCACUCAAAUUAUUUUAGGGUUCAUUUUGGGCUUUUUUUACCGGUUUUUAAAUCGUAUUAUUUUCAUUAUUAAAAUGUUUACGUUGCCUCCUUGGCCUCCAAAAGAUUAUAUACUAAAAGAUAUUUCACAAAAUUACACGUCGAAUCAAGAGUUUUCGCCUUCUGAGCCACCACGACAUACACAGCCGAACGUAGGAAAAUAUAUCUUUCCAAUACAAUAUGGACCAGAGGAUGCAGGUCCUUCAACACUUUAUUCCAAACCUGGGGAAACGGUUCUUAAUAAAUGGCUAAAAGAUGCAAAAGCUAUUUGGGUUGACAAACCUGGUGAAAAUGCAGAUUUUGUACAUGACAUUGCGAGAAAAUACAGUGUGGUGGUGACGGAUACAUAUAAUCCUACUUACAAGCCUAUCCCAAAGCUCAUUCCUCGUUCUUAUAAAUUUGAAAUCGACUACAUGAUAAAUACUCGUUUGGACAAGUUGAAGGAAAAGAUGGAGCAAGAAGCAAAAGAAGAAGAGCUAUGGGUUAAACAGAAGCAAGCAGAAAAAAUUGCAAAAGCUACGCAGUUAUACAGAUGCGACCUUGAACCGCCUGGAUGGUGGAAAGAAGAGAAAGAUAAGCCGAAAGACACUGUUAUACCUAUGGUAAAACCGGAAACUGAAACAUCGCGAAACGUCGAUAAUGAUCAACCUAUUCGAUGGCAAAAUAUGCCUCGGGUAUUCGAUAAAACGGAUCGUACUGCUUGUAAAAGAAAAUCGGACAUGGCCCUUGUAGGACAACCUUUCAAACACGAAGCUUGCAACUGGUAUUUUAUAAAUUAUCCGCCGCCAAAUGUACCUUUUCGACCGGAGAGAUUUUCAAAAUAAUAACAAAACAAAAA